CUCAGUCAGCUGAUCGUUUUGAAGCUGCAUUCGCACGUGUUCGUAUAAUAAGAGUCCUAAGAAUAUUUACUGAAGAAAAAAGUCAAUUAAUUUAAUAGAGAUAAGUUGAUUAGUGCAUUUUGACGAUAAGCAAUACAAGGAAAUGCAAUAGUUUUGCCUUAGAAAUAAGCAAAGUGUUGCAAAAACAGCUUUUAUUAUGUUCUGUUUACCAUUCUUAUUGGCAGAAGAACAUUGUUAUUAUCAUAUUCUUGCGAAUUACGAAAAGUGAAACGAACUAGUCAAACUUGGAAUUUUUAACAUAAUAACAGUACUUAAUUAAAAAUGCAACGAAAAAUAUUUAAUAUACAAUUAUUUCAAAAGAGAUUCUACAAAAAACAGGCGGUUCGAGUGAGAUUUGCUCCAAGUCCUACAGGUUUUUUGCAUCUUGGGGGUUUGCGAACAGCAUUGUAUAAUUAUUUGUACGCUCGUAAAUACAAUGGUUCGUUUAUUUUGCGAAUCGAGGACACGGAUCAAUCGAGAGUUGUUCCUGGAACAAUGGAACAAUUGCACGACGAUUUACUGUGGGCGGGAAUUAUUCCAGAUGAAGAUCCGAUAAGAGGUGGUCCAUCAGGACCGUAUAUUCAGUCGAAAAGAUUGGAAAUUUAUCAGGAAAAUUUAAAAAAGCUCCUGGAUAAUGGAACAGCGUACCAUUGUUUUUGUUCAGAGCGUAGAUUAGAAAUGCUCAAACGAGAAGCUGCUCGUUUAGGUCAAGUGCCGAAAUAUGAUAACAGAUGCCGAAGUUUGAGUAAAGAAAUGAUAAAAGAAAAAUUAGGAAUGGAAGAAAGUCAUUGUAUUAGAUUUAAGCUAUUACCGACACCAAAACCUUUUAAAGAUUUAGUUUACGGGGAUAUAACGUUUGACGCUGCCACUGAAGGUGAUCCAGUGAUUAUGAAAUCCGAUGGAUAUCCUACUUAUCAUCUUGCAAAUAUUAUCGACGAUCAUUAUAUGGGAAUUUCACACGUUCUCAGAGGCGUUGAGUGGCAGAUUUCCACUCAAAAACAUAUAUUACUCUACAAAGCUUUUGGCUGGACACCUCCACACUUUGGACAUUUACCAUUAAUUUUAAAUUCUGACGGAUCAAAACUUUCCAAACGACAAGAUGAUAUACGAGUCGAUUUUUAUAGACAGAACGGAAUAUUCCCGCUAGCUUUAAUAAAUUAUAUAACUACCACUGGUGGUGGUUUUGAGAGAGAACAAGGAACUCAACAAUGCUACAAUUACGAGGAAUUAAUACAACAGUUUGCAGUUCAGAAAAUAAAACCAAGUUCAUCGAAACUGAACCCCGAAAAACUGUUGGAAUAUAAUCAACUCGAAUUGUCCACUUUAUUAGAAAAUGAGAAAAAUAAUAGAAUUUUCAUUUCCAGUAUUGUUAAUUUGGUGUGUGACACUUAUCCCGAUAGAAAAACAGAUGGCAGUUUAAAAUUAGAUGACGAAAAUAUACUUUCGACUUUAAAGUGGGCAAAAAAUAGAAUAACGAAAUUAUCAGAUUUGGUUGAAUCAAAUUUGGCAUUUUUGUGGGUUGUUCCGCCUUUGUCUCAAAUUUCAAAAAAUAUUAAACAUACAGAUACGGUGCAGAUCUUAAUUGAAAAAUUGACAGAUCUCGAGGAGAAUAAUUUUCAAAAUAAUUUCCUUUUAUCUUAUCUAAGAGAGUUGGCAAAAAAUAAUUCAGUUCCGUUUGCUGAAUUUAUGAAAACUCUUCGAUUUUUACUUAGUGGACUGAAGGAUGGUCCAGGCGUGGGAGAAAUGAUGGAGAUUCUUGGAAAAGAGAGAACUAUAGAACGUUUGAAACGUUGUACCAGUGAUGGGAUCGACAAGCGGGAUCGAAAAUCAAUUCAAGGAACAUAAAUUUAUUCGCAGUCAAGUUGAAAGGAAGAAAUAGAAAUUUUGUUUUUUAAAUUUUUACAAAUAAAUCAAUACUUUUUGUA